AUGCGGUUACUUAUUCUAUUAUUAUUUCAAAUUAUUCUCUCAAAGAGUUAAGUUUGUAAAGUAAAUUAAAAUUUAUCAUAGCUCGAAAACAAUGUUUAAAAUCUUUUGCAAAUUAAUCAAAUGGAAACCUUUUUUUUUUAUUUUUAAGAUUAUUUCUAUGGGGAUGGACUCACUUACCGUUUUAAUGAUCAACUGUAAUACUUUUAAGUUAAUCAGCCUUUUAUAUAAGGUGGAAUAGAGGGAGAAGUUAUAAGUAUUUCACCUUAAGCAAAUACAAUAGUGUAGGAAAAAUAAUUUUCAAUAUUAUUAAAAAUUAAUUAAGGAGAUUAAGAAAAAUAUGAGAUUCAUCAUUUGAAAGAAUUAUCUGAAAAAAAAUAGAAGCCUUUUGCAAGUCAACUUAUUUUAAAGCUUGAAGUAGAUUUAUGCUAUUAAAUUAAUUAAAUAGAUAAUUAUAUAAUAAUUACUUGUUAUGAAUUUGAAUCAUAAGAGAUAAAAUAUCUAAUAUAUGAUUCUUAAUAUAAUUUGAUUAUUACUUAUAGUCAUAAAAUGAAUGAUUUAGAAAAAAAAAAAAAACAUUUAAUAAUAAUUUCAAAAUCGGCUGGAGAAUAUUUAUGCUCUUUGAUAAAUCAUGGAUAUUAUGAAGAUAAUGAGUAUAUAUCCAAUUAUUCAAAUUUAAUUAUAUUUAAAUUUGAAAAAAUAAACAUUAACAGUGAGAUCAAAAUAAAUUUAGUUUAUUAAGAGGAAAUCCAUUUAUAAGAAGAUUUUAUAACAGGUUUUGAAAUUGUAAAACAAGGAUAUCGUAAAAAUAAGUUUAUUAUUUAGUAUUUAUUUCGUUCUAUAAAAAUUCCUAAGUUCAAAUUCAAGAUUUGAAUAAUCAUAAAUUGUUUAAAAUAAGUUUAUCGAUCUCAAAACAAAUUCUUGGAAUAAGUGCAAAAAAAAUAUCUUAUGGAUCUAAUGAAUAUAUUAUUGUAUUAUGGAAUCAUGAAGAGUUAUCAAACUUCUUGUAUGAUCCAUCAUAAAAUAAAAUUGUAAAAAUUCGUCAAAUUAUUUAGAUUUCAAGAGAAAAGCUAAUUUAAACAACACAAAUAAAUUUAUUACUUAUGUUCAAGUCUGAUGUUUUUAUUAAUGAAAAGUAUAUAAUUGUGUCAAAUUUGAAUGGUAUAAGUAUUUACCCAACAAUUCUGAAUGAUGUUAAUAAAGGAAGAUUAUUAUACUAUUAUUCUUCAAAGCCAAAAAUCAGUUAUUUCAUUAAUAUAAUUGAUUAUUUAAUAACCAUAGAGGAACAAUAGUUAGUUUUAUAUAUAAUUAAUGAUCCAAUAAUAAAAAUAGAAAAUUUGAAUCCAAAUGACAUUCCUUAGUUGUUUUAAAUUAUGGCAAUAUCUAACUAAUUUGAUAAACCAUAAAUUCAAUGCCCUAGACUUAAUUUAUAUUUUAAGGUUGAGUUUGAUACUUCAAUUCCAUAUGCGGUAAAAUCCAAUUAUUUCAAUAUCCCUUAUUAAGUUUAUUGGAGUAUUUAGAAUAGAGGUAUUUAUUAAGGUAAAGAUGAAAAUUUGCGAUAUUUCAACAUAAAUAUUGAUUGUAAUGGAAAAUAGUCAAUUAAAUAAAAAUAAUUAAUUAUCAUACCAUACUUAAAAAUGUACCCUUAGACUCCGAUUCCAGAUAAUAUUGAUGUUAUUGUUGAUAAAGAUUCUGAAGUUUUUAUCCAUGAAUAAGAUUUAUAUUUAUGUAGCGAUGUUUUUUACUAAAAACAAUAACUGAUUUAUUAACAUCAGGAGAUUUAUGAAUUUAAAGAAAAAUUUUAUCUCCUUCUUUAAUAAUAUUUUGCUGUUUAUGUGAAAGAAUGUUUAGCAAAAGAUCCUAAUAAUUGUGUAAUUUUGCAUUAUUAACCUAUUGAAUUUUUAGCUUAAAUCAGAAAGUUUAUAUUUAACAUUCAUGAUGGAAUUCUUUAUUUUGGUUUUGAAUAAAAUUUUAUUUGGGAUGGUUACGAAGAUCUCGAUAAUUUUGAAAUUUAAACAUCAAAUGUGGAAAUUUAUAGUUAUAGAUUGAAUAAAAAUAAAAAAAUUAUUAAGAAAAUCUAAAUUUCUCAUCUUUUUUUUUCAGUUAUUUAAAUAGACAUCAUAGAUGAUAGACUAUACGUGCUUUAUUAAUAUCGAAAUGAUAAAAAAUAUCUGUUUAAUUAUAAAAUUGAUGAAAUAGAGGACGAUAUAGAUAUACGUUAGCAUAGUCAUUUAGUAAAUUUUUGCUAAAAUUUUGCUUUUAAUAUUGAACACUAUGGGUAUUUUUUAUAUUUUUUUACAAACGAACCAAAAGAUGAUAUAAUAGUUACUUAUUUGAAUGCAAUAAAUAUUGAAGAGGGAAAAUUCUAAUAAAUAAAUAAGCUAAAAUUUAAGCAAUACGAAAAGCAAAAUGAAAUAAGAUAUUUUGAAAUUCGAAUAACCAUUAGUGGAGUUUAUAUUUAAACAACUUCAUAUUUUGAAAAAAAUAUAUAUUUUAAAAAAUCUGACUUUUUUCUUUUAAUAUUUACCAAGUUUGACAAUUAAAAUUAUGAAAGAUAUCUUAAUAAUUAGAUUAAUAUUCCAUAAGCAUUAUUAUUUAAAAAAUAAAAAAAUAGAACCUUUAAAAUUAAUUAUUUCUCUAGUGAAAAAAACCUUUAUUAGAUAUUUAGUGAGUAUAAUAUUGGCUAUAUUAUUUUUGUGUAUUCUUUUAAAUCUACUCUUUUGAAUUUAGUUCAUUAUGGUUUAGAUGAAUAUAUGAUGAAUAAUUUUGACAGAAGAGCAAUCAGUCUACUUGAGGGGGAUAUUUAUUCAAUCAAUCCUUUUAUACAAAGUGAAAUUAAAAUUUAGAAAUAGAAACUAAGAUUUAUAAAACAAGAACCCUUAAUCACUUUAAAUUGUUAAUAAUAUGAGUAGACUGAUUCCUCACCUUUUGUCACUGUUCCUUUUACUGUAUUUACAUCAAGAUUAACAGUUGAAUAAUAUCCUGUCUACUUAUUAUAAUUUUAUCUGAAAUAGGAGAAAGACGAAGAUAAUCAAUAAAAUAUCAAAGAUUGA